GACAAGGAGAGGAGGUGAGGUGGGUUUUGAUUCCAGCCUUAGGAUGUCUGAGCUUUAGCAGCAAUACUAUUGCAGCUGCCUAGAGGCCAACCUAAGUCCCAUAUGGGGGGUCCCCAGCCAACAACAGGGUCCCUAGGGCUAAGUUUCAAAUAACCCAGCCUGCAGGUACAACCCUCCCCCAAGCCACGUCUCCCUGGAGCCCCAGCCACUCGGGAACUGGUCCUGCUGGGGUUCCCCCCAUGCCUGGUCGUUCCCGCAGACCUCCCAGGGGGCGCGUUCUCGUGGGUCCCGUGGGUCCCGUGGGUCCAGCGGUCGCUAGGCUGCAGGCUGGGGCCCUGGUCCUCUCGGCCGGGCUGGCAGAGAGUGGUGCAGGUGGCAGCGCAUGGCGGCAGUGCCCGGGCGCUCGUGGACUCAGGCGCGCAAUGCCUACGGCGCUAGAGAGGCGCUGAGGCGGGGCGUGGGCCGCCGGCCGGACCCGGGCUCGCAGCCCAACGGGCCGGUCCCCGAAGACGUCCGCGCCCCCGGCCGCCUGGCUCGGCUGCGUGGCCAGCUGCGGGCCGAGGCGGCGGCGCGGGCCGAGGCGCCUCGAAUGCUGCGGCUGGUGGAGCGCGCGGGCGCGCAGGCCGGGCCGGCGGGGGCCGGCGACAGGAGGGACGCGCGCAGCGGCGGCUCGGUGUGCUCGGUGUGCGGGGAGCCGCGCGGCGGCGCCACCUACCCCGCCGACGUCCUGGAGGUGAGCGAGCAGCGGCUGCAGGAGGGGCUGGCGGCCGUGCGCGCCGAGCUGGGCGCGGGGCUCGAGGCGCUGCGCGCGGAGCUGCGGGCCGAGCUGGACGCCCUGCGCGCCCUGCUGCCGCCGCCGCCGCCACCGCCGCCGCCACCGCCGCCGCCGCCCGUCCGCCGCGAGCCCCGCGGGCCCGCCCUGCUGCGGGCGCUCGGCACGGUGAACGCCUUGGUUUCGUCCUCGAGGGCCGCGGAGAACGGCUCCGACGCCCCCGCAGACGGCCUGGCGAACCGAGCCCCGGCCCGCAAGAACCACAAGAAGACUCCAGCGCCUCCAGCGGCUGCGCAAGGCAGCGGAGAUUGAGGAGCUCCGGCGACCCUGGCUGAUGGGCAGUCCUCCUCAGAUGCCGCCAGCUGACUCUGCCUAACUUAGUUUGAGCGGCUUCGCUUUAUGGGUGAUGGUCUGGGAUGUAGAGCCGCUUUUGGCCUUGGGGCUGGGGACGAGUCUGCGACUGGAGUGCGACUGCCUAAGAGGUGCAGCUGUCUGAAGCUAGGGAUCUGCAGCCUGGAGGCAAAUGGCUGCCUUUUUCUUCAAAGGCCUAGGGAGCAGUCAGGAUCCCCGCGCGCUAGAAUAACUGGGUAAUGCACUGGGUAAGACAUCAGGCACGUAGGCAGCUGAGACAGUGUCACUUCAAUAUACACCUCUACGUGGCGUGAACUGGGCAUCAAUUUGCUGGUCACCAUCUAGUCACUCUACCCUCCCACUGUGGUGUCAUGUUGUCAAGUAGCCCUUGGACUGAGACUCGGACAGUAACAAGAAGGACACUUCCCUCGGUCGCCCAACACCAGCUUCUCUUUAGAAACUAUUCCACCGGGUAGUAAGUCUCCAUUGUCAACGGGCCUGGCUUCAUUGCACUUGCUGUCUCUCACCAAAACCAGCCAACUCAGCGCUUCCUGCUGAGCCUGCUUCUCCGUAAGGACCGACCUCAGAAUCUCAGCCAGGGUCAUUUCAGUUGGGCACAGUAACCCCCUUUGUUGGUCACCCAGGUUGUUUGUAAAAUAAAAUGUAAUUUCUAGUAUAGGCGGCAAUUCUAAGA